AUGGCAACCUAUCUGUUUCCAGCGGGAAAGCAUGCAAAAAUCUCUUCCAGUGUACUUCACAAACCGUCUGCUAUUCCCAGGCACUUGUUCAAUAUUGUUCGUGGAGGCAACGACGCCAUCGAUGCGUUGCAGCUAUUCCUGAAACUCCUUCGUGAGAACGAAUUCGACGUAAACUCCCCUGGAUAUAUGGCAUUUGAUGCCCAUGUGGGUGACACGUCUUGUCAACUUCGAGCAUGUAUGCUGCUCGAAAUCUUCAACAGAUACCGUCAGCAUGUCUCGUCUACCACCGAAGUUCGCUUCAUCGAGCAAACUAUCGAUCAUCUGAAGAAGGUUGUAGACAACGCUCACACCUUUUGCAAAGAGGUCUGCAACAUGGGAGUGUCAAAGAAAGGUCCAGCAGCGCUGGGAAUGUCUAAGCAAGGCAUGAGCAUCGAUGAGAUUCUACGAAAAAUUGGAUGGACUGAGCCAAAAAAACCAGAACGCACCCAGGAGAUUUCAAAUACUGCUCUGGUUGUAUCUGUCGCCAGCAGUGUUGCUAGCCCAUCCGUCAGCCAGGCUAGUGCGAGCAGGAUCAGUGUCGGCAGCACAAACACAAGUGCUUCCGAUACAGCUUCUAUAUCGCAGAUCGACCCGAUCGACCUGCAGGAAGAACGAGCAAAUUUUCCGUCGGUGGUGUAUGCCGAGGCUACUUCGGAUUACUGGGAGCCCUGGGACUGGCACCAAGUCGUGCACUUUCUAGUCUACUCGUACGUCUUGUCCAAGUACAAGCACUUCACCGUCCGGGCUCAAGUCUUUGCAAAGCUACCUCUCAGACUGCAGUUGCGCCUGGCUGAGCUCUACAUCCCGAAUAUUCUCACCCGAUCGACAGUUGAUGGCCAGGUAUACGUCAAGCACCGCCAGAAUAUGGAGUCUGUCAUUCGCGAGAACAUAUCUUGGGAUCUGACCCAUGUCACUGGUGCCGAGCUGGACGAUCUUCGCCAAUCAAGCCGCCCACACAUUGUCAUAAGUGGCAACAGCAUCGAUGGAGAGACGGCGGAGUACAUGGCGCGGCUUCCCACCACCAGACUCCACGACGACGACACCUGCGAGGACAACGCACAGCACUGCAAAGACCUUCUCGCAAGCGACCAGGACCGCAACGUCCUUGCGAUAUUCGCAGACCACCGCCAUUACGGUUUCGCGCUAUCAGGCGAAGAAGAAAAGCAAGGUGAAGACGCUGUAGUUCAUAGUAUUAUGGAUGAAGCAGCGCCUGGACUCUCGCAACAAUUACAAGCGUCGAAGGCAGAAGCAAGGGAGCUUGGGACAGGUCCUUCCUUGAAGCUCUUCAUGUGGCAGCAUGUUGUACUUGAAUCCCCCGGAAGGUUUCUGCAGCUUCUGGACAAGCAUGAUAGACCUAUUGUGGUUGGAGCACCGGUUCUAAAGCAGGAGCUUAUUGGGUUUAGAUAG